AUGGACGCUCAUAAAACAGUAUAUGAGAGCUAUACAACGGAAGUGUGUCUGACGUCAAUCUAUCUAUCUAUCUAUCUAUGCCUAUUCAAAUCUGUCUAUCUCAGCCUGUUUCUAUCUAUCUAUCUAUCUAUCUAUCUAUCUAUCUAUCUAUCUAUCUAUCUCCGCCUAUUCAUAUCUAUACCUAUCUAUCUAGGCCUAUUUAAAUCUAUCUCAGCCUGUUUCUUCCUAUCUAUCUAUCUAUCUAUCUAUCUAUCUAUCUAUCUAUCUAUCUCAGCCUGUUUAUAUCUAUAUCUGUUUCAGUUUGUUCAUAUCUAUCUAUCUAUCUAUCUAUCUAUCUAUCUAUCUGCAUACCAAUCUAUCUAUCUAUCUAUCUAUCUAUCUAUCUAUCUAUCUAUCUCAACCUAUACAAAUCUCUCUAUAUGCAUAUCUAUUUAUUUAUCACUCUAUUUAUAUGUCUUUUCUAUCUAUCUAUCUAUCUAUCUAUCUAUCUAUCUAUCUAUAUAUAUAUAUAUAUAUCAGCCUAUUCAAAUCUAUCUAUCUACAUAUCUAUUGAUUUAUAACUCUACCUAUUUAUAUGUUUUUUCUUUCUAUCUAUCUAUCUAUCUAUCUAUCUAUCUAUCUCAUCCUAUUCAAAUCUUUCUAUCUACAUAUCUAUUUAUCACUCUAUAUGUCCUUUUCUAUCUAUCUACCUACCUACCUAUCUUUUCUCACAAAUCGGUACCCGGGGAAAAAAUUGGAAAAUUAGAGAGAACAGGAGCCAGUUAUCUCAGUUCUUAUCUAUCUAUCUAUCUAUCUAUCUAUCUAUCUAUCUAUCUAUCUAUCUAA